AUGAUAUUUUCCAUGAGUUUUGUAGUUCAAUUUUGUAAUUGGCAUCAUCCGUACUCUUCAGAAAUCACAACUCCUGCAUACAACCACAACAGAAUUUACAUUGAAACUGAAGAUACUACGAUUCUUUUUGUCGAUUACUGCUCAUUUGCUUCUUUUAAAACAAACGAAAUGUACGGAUCUGGAAUAAACAAUCAAGCGCAAAACCAUGGUCAAAUUCAUGUACAACGACCUCAACCACUCCAACAGCCUCCGCACGAUGAGUCGGUAGCUACAGGCAACAAAGCUCUAGGCGAUCCUCAAAUAUAUCAGUGGAUUUCAGAAUUGGUUUCGGGUUCGAAUAGAGAGAGGGCAUUAUUAGAAUUAGGCAAAAAGAGAGAGCAGUAUGAUGACUUGGCCCUAGUAUUGUGGAACUCGUUUGGUGUUAUGUCAGUUUUGUUGGAGGAAAUAAUUUCAGUGUAUCCAUAUUUGAAUCCUCCGGUUCUAACGGCAUCCAUUUCGAAUAGAGUUUGCAAUGCUUUGGCACUUCUUCAGUGUGUUGCCUCUAACGUACAAACAAGGGGACUUUUCUUAAGUGCUAAUUUGCCGUUAUAUUUGUAUCCUUUUUUGUCGACUAAUGCUAGACAAAGAUCAUUUGAAUACUUGAGAUUGACAAGCUUGGGUGUAAUUGGAGCAUUAGUGAAAAAUGAUACUCCAGAGGUCAUCAAUUUCUUGCUUACUACGGAAAUCGUUCCCCUCUGUUUAAAUAUCAUGGAAAUAUCGUCCGAAUUGUCAAAAACGGUAGCCAUAUUCAUUUUACAGAAGAUCUUACUCGACGACCAAGGCUUGACUUAUAUUUGUACCACGUAUGAAAGAUUUCAUACUGUCGCUUCAGUGCUAUCCAAGAUGAUUGACCAGCUCGGAGCAAUUACAAACAACCAAGCUCCUCAGCAAACAUCAAACAGUUCGGGAAGAUUAUUGAAGCAUGUUAUUAGGUGCUAUAUGAGGUUAUCUGACAAUUUGGAAGCUAGAAAAGCUUUGGCUACAAUUUUGCCAGAACCUCUUAGAGACGGAACGUUUUCAUUUAUACUUCAAGAUGAUGUUGCUACGAAAAGAUGCUUAGCCCAACUCUUAUCAAACAUUAAUGAACAACAGUAG